ACGGGGCCGGCGUCGUGCGUCACCUCUGACAAACGAGCCGCAGCGGUUGUGCGUGCGUGUGUGUGUCUCAAGGUUAUUUUAGCUGAAAUUCGCCAACAGCUGCCAGCUGGAGGGAACAGCACAAGCCCAGCCACCCCUCUGCCCUGCCCUGGCACAUUCACCAUGUCAGGGGACACAGGGAGGGACACCGAGUCCCCUUACCCCAGUUUGGGGCUCUCCAAAAUUCCCGAAGGGAACAUGUGAUGGCUUUGGUCUGUCCAGCCAUCCCGGCUGCCUUCAUUGUUGGUUGAGCUGAGAGUAUCCCCUAGUUGUUGCAGCUCGAGCGCUCCCAAAUGCGGUGAUCCGAUGGACUUUCCAGUUGGCAGCAGUUGGGUGCCAGGGAGUGAGGCUUUCCCGUGGGACACAGGCAAGGUGGCGUGUGCUUCGUCUUCUGGAUGCCUGAGGCAGGCAGUAACUUUCCACUCGAGCUCUUAAUACAGUUGGAAAAAAGUAAAGAAGCUUGCCAGUGCGUAAACCCUUCUUCAGGUCUGAAGCAGAAACUCUGUGGUUUUGGAGACAAACGUGUGGGACAACUACUUUCUGGCAGGUUUUGAUUGGCUUUCAAAAGAGGCAGUGUCCUAUAAAUUGCCAUCUCAGCUCUGCUUCUGCUUUAUCACCAGCUGAGGGACAGCACAUUUGAAGGAGGAAGAUGCCAAUCGUCAAAACCGUGAGCAGAGCUGUCAGCCAGCUGCUCCAGAGCUCUGGUUGUGGAUGUGGGAUUUCCAUCGUGCCUGUUCGCUGCAUCGGGGUCUCACCCCGCCAGGUGGCCUCUGAUGCCAGCUUCCACUCGGUUUCUUUUUCCGAGUCCGAUCACCCUCGGGUGCUAAUUACAGGUGGUCUUGGUCAGCUUGGAGUGGGACUUGCUAAGCUUCUGAGAAAACGCUUUGGAAAGAACAACGUGAUCUUGUCUGACAUUAGAAAGCCUGCGGAUAAUGUUUUUUAUAGUGGUCCUUUUAUCUACGCGGAUAUCUUGGACUACAAGAAUUUACGUGAGAUAGUGGUGAAUAAUCGGAUAACUUGGCUGUUCCACUAUAGCGCUUUGCUCAGUGCUGUUGGAGAAGCAAACGUGCCUUUGGCCAGAGCUGUAAAUAUUACCGGUUUACACAAUGUUCUGGAUAUUGCUGCUGAGCAUAAUUUGAGACUCUUUGUUCCAAGCACUAUCGGAGCUUUUGGACCCACCUCUCCUCGAGAUCCAACUCCUGAUCUCUGCAUUCAGAGACCAAGGACAAUCUAUGGAGUCUCCAAGGUCCACGCUGAGCUCAUGGGAGAAUACUACCACUACCGGUAUGGUCUGGACUUCCGCUGCCUGAGGUAUCCAGGAAUUAUAUCUGCUGACUCUCAGCCUGGUGGGGGAACAACUGAUUACGCUGUCCAGAUUUUCCAUGAUGCCAUAAAGACUGGCAAAUUUCAGUGCAACCUAAAGCCAGACACCCGUCUCCCUAUGAUGUAUAUUGAUGACUGUCUGAAAGCGACUCUGGAGGUGAUGGAGGCCCCUGCAGAGGCACUGAGCAUGAGGACAUACAACAUCAGUGCCAUGAGCUUCACUCCCGAAGAGCUGGCACAAGAGGUGCAGAAGCAUGUUCCUGAGCUCCUGGUGACCUACAACGUGGAUGAAGUCAGGCAGGCCAUAGCUGACAGCUGGCCGAUGAACUUUGAUGACAGGAACGCCCGGAGGGACUGGGGCUGGAAACAUGAUUAUGAUCUCCCCGAGUUGGUGACUACGAUGUUUAGCUUCCUUGGGUCUGACUCCAGGAUUGCUCAAGCUAACUGAAAUACUUUAUAAGAUGUUUCCAGAUUUCCACAGAGGACCAGGAAGAAAUGGCUAAAUUACUUUAUAAUUUUCUGAGUCUUAGAGCAUGUCAAUUAUUAAUUUUCAUAAGUAGCAAUAGAGUUGGGCAGAAACAUACUGUAGCUGGAAUGUACUAUUAGGUAAACAACAUCAUCUGGUACUGUCUCCAAGCACAGCACUGAUGACAAACACAGAGUUCUUGAACUUUCACACUUAAACAGCUAGAAAAAAAAAGA